GCUGCACCGCUGCCAGCCAGUGCACCACAACCAAUACGAAGCGUCAUUCAUCGCCAUUUCCACUGCUGCAUCAACGAACGAACGACCACACACAGCUUCUCUCUUGCCUUGCUUUUGUUUUGUCGACCGAACCAGCGUUGCAAAGAUGUCUGACCUUCCUGCUGAGUGGGUGAAGCGCUGCAAGGAGCUUGUUGGCGGCGAGGUGUUCACUCGCGACGCUCCCGGCAAGUGGGAGGGCAAGCAGGGCUCCCAUGUCCCUGUCACGGAGAAGACCGACGACGGCAAGACCAAAGUCAAGGUCCCCCACGUGAUGAAGAAGGGCGAGAGCGACGCCGAGAACCACUGGAUCGAGCUUGUCUUCGUCAUGGACAGCGAGGGCGAGGUGGCCGCAUGCGCCAAGUUUGCGCCCACGGACGCCGAGGCUGUGCUCGCCUUUGAGCCACAGGAGGGCAAGUCCUACACCCCAUAUGGCCUGUGCAACCUCCACGGCCUCUGGAAGGGCGACAACUUCUGACUCGCUCAGCCCAGCACACGCCAGCGGCAAGCGCAGCUGCACGCUGGCCCACGUUCCCACCUCUGACAACAACAACAACAACAACAACAGCAACAACAGCAACAACAACACAACGGCGCGUUCACUUGCAAUGUCCGUGUCUCCCAGCUUUGUUCUGCAUUGCUGUUGUUUGGCAUGGCACUUGCCUGCUGUUCCGUGUACACGCCCUCUUCACUGUUCUCUUCUUCUUUCUUUCUGUCUGAUCCAACACUUUUGUAUCUCCGCGGCUGCCUCAUGAUGCUCCUGCUGUGUGGCGUACCUUUUGUCUCUGUGUGCAUGCCUUGUGUGCAAUUGUGGCUGUGCUGGCAGCGUGUGGAUUGGAUGAGCUUGUUCUGGCUUUGUGCUGUUGUGUGUGCGUGCACGCAGGCUGUACGCUGUCUUGCUUGUUCUUCCCAACCCCCACGCCUGCAUUGUUGCUGUUUCACACUGCGCACAAUUGAUGGAUGGUGCCCACGUUGCAUGCAUCGCUCUAUGUGGCGACCCGGAAGUAAACGAACACACACGUACACUGAACACGUGAGCUGCAGCUGUUGCGGCUGUGAACAUGCACGUUUAUUGGGUCAAAUCAACACACAAAAAG